GGUUGCUUUCGUCCUCCACAGAGUUCCCACUCUUUUCCUACAACAAUGGAGUCGUGAUGACCUCCUGUCGUGAACUGGACAACAACCGCAGCGCCCUGUCAGCCGCCUCCGCCUUUGCCAUAGCAACCGCGGGAGCCAACGAGGGCACCCCAAACAAGGAGAAGUACCGGAGGAUGUCCUUAGCCAGCGCAGGGUUUCCCCCUGACCAGAGGAAUGGAGACAAGGAGUUUGUGAUCCGCAGAGCAGCCACCAACCGCGUCCUGAACGUGCUCCGCCACUGGGUCUCCAAGCACUCUCAGGACUUUGAGACCAACGACGAGCUCAAAUGCAAGGUGAUCAGCUUCCUGGAGGAGGUCAUGCACGACCCAGAGCUGCUGACCCAGGAGCGGAAGGCAGCAGCCAACAUCAUCAGGACUCUGACCCAGGAGGACCCGGGUGACAACCAGAUCACGCUGGAGGAGAUAACACAGAUGGCUGAAGGUGUGAAGGCUGAGCCCUUUGAAAACCACUCAGCCCUGGAGAUCGCUGAGCAGCUGACCCUGCUGGACCACCUGGUCUUCAAGAAGAUUCCUUAUGAGGAGUUCUUCGGACAAGGCUGGAUGAAACUGGAAAAGAAUGAAAGGACUCCUUAUAUCAUGAAAACUACUAAGCAUUUCAAUGAUAUCAGUAACUUGAUUGCUUCAGAAAUCGUUCGCAAUGAGGACAUCAAUGCAAGGGUGAGCGCCAUCGAGAAGUGGGUGGCCGUGGCUGACAUAUGCCGCUGCUUACACAACUACAAUGCUGUGCUGGAGAUCACCUCAUCCAUGAACCGGAGCGCCAUCUUCCGGCUCAAAAAGACGUGGCUCAAAGUCUCUAAGCAGACAAAAGCUUUGAUUGAUAAGCUCCAAAAGCUUGUGUCAUCAGAAGGCAGAUUUAAGAAUCUCAGAGAAGCUCUGAAAAAUUGUGACCCGCCCUGUGUCCCUUACCUGGGGAUGUACCUCACCGACCUGGCCUUCAUCGAAGAGGGGACGCCCAAUUACACGGAGGAUGGCCUGGUCAACUUCUCCAAGAUGAGGAUGAUAUCCCAUAUUAUCCGAGAGAUUCGCCAGUUUCAACAAACUGCCUACAAAAUAGAGCACCAAGCAAAGGUAACCCAAUAUUUACUGGACCAAUCUUUUGUAAUGGACGAAGAAAGCCUCUACGAGUCUUCUCUCCGAAUAGAACCAAAACUCCCCACCUGAGGCUGCGCCCAGCCCAGCCCCAGCCCAGCCCCUCCCGUGGACACGUGCUAUACGAUAUUGUACAUAUAUUCGUUUGGUUUCUCUGGAUUUUCUUCUUCAGUAUGUGCUUCUCUAAGAAUACAAAUCCGUUCUUGUUCUUAGA